AAGAAUGGCGACAGCUGGCCAGGUGAUCAGAUGCAGAGCAGCUGUUGCUUGGGAGCCCAGGAGGCCCCUGUCUGUCAUCGAGGUGGAUGUGGCCCCCCCUAAAGCCCAUGAAGUCCGGAUCAAGGUCGUUGCCUCGGGGGUGUGUCACACAGACUGGGAGUACCUGUACGAGGCUGGGACGGGGACGGUUCUGAGACGCUUCCCUUUGGUUCUCGGCCACGAAGCUGCAGGAGUAGUGGAGAGCGUUGGCCCAGAAGUCACCGAGUUCUGCCCGGGGGAUAAAGUCAUCCCUCUUUUUCUGCCGUACUGCAGAAAGUGCCCCCGGUGUCGGAGUUCCACCACAAACCUCUGCAAGACAAACUGGGAAAACAUGCAGUCUGGCGUGCUGGCUGAUGGCACCAGCAGGAUCUCCUGCAAAGGGCAGCAGGUCUAUCAGUUCCUCGGGGUCAGCUCCUUCUGUCAGUACACGGUGGUUCCUGACACGUCUGUUACAAAAAUCAGAUGUGACGCUCCGCUGGAUAAAGUGUGUCUGCUGGGCUGUGGCGUGUCCACGGGCUACGGCGCUGCUCUUAACACAGGCCAGGUUAAAGAGGACUCGUCGUGCGUCGUGUUCGGGCUGGGAGCUGUCGGGCUGGCGGCCAUCAUGGGCUGCAAGGCAGCUCGAGCACGAAGGAUCAUCGGCGUCGACAUCAACCCUGACAAGUUUGAGAAAGCCAAAGAGUUCGGAGCUACGGAGUGCGUCAACCCAGGACGAUACAGCAAGCCCAUCCAGGAGGUUCUGCUGGAGAUGACUGGAGGGGGGGCGGACUACGCUCUGGAGUGUGUUGGAAGUCCAGCUGUUAUGAGCGCCGCUCUGGAGUCCACCACUGAAGCUGGAGGCACCUGCGUCAUCGCUGGAUGGACCGAGACCGAGUCCAUGAAGGUCCCGGUCAUCCAGCUCCUCAUGGGACGCACCCUGAAGGGGACUUACUUUGGAGGCUGGAGGAGCGUGCACGACGUGCCUCACCUGGUGGACGACUACAUGAACAGGAAGCUGCAGCUGGACGAGUUCAUCACUCACCAGCUGCCGCUGGACCACAUCAACGAGGCCUUCGAGCUCCUCAGACAUGGCCAGAGCAUCAGGACGGUCAUCAGCCUUCAAGACUCGUCAGAGGAGAAACCACAUUUCUGAAAAUCAUUUCAUUUAAACCUCUGCACAUUUUAUUUGAUGUUUUUCAGUAAAAGUUGUGAACUUGUUGUUUGGAUGAGCUCCAGCUGUAGAUUUACAUCAAGCUGGCCCCGCCCACACACACACACACACACACACACACAUACACACACACACACACCUCCCUGUCUGACCUCAGGCAGGAAAGCAGAUCCUGGUUCUUCUCAAACUUCCU